AUAUACAAAUCAUAUUAUUGAAAGCUUUCAGGCGGAGAAAAUUCUUAGGAAGAAACUAUACAAUUGCUUACAUUUUAUUUUUUACCAAUUCACUCAAAAUCUUAAUAGUCUAUUGCUCAUUUCCUCUUUAUAUAUUCUGUUAGUUCUUGUUUAAUGAAAUUCUCUUGUUUUAUAAUCCACCAAGUGUGCCAUCCAUUCUUAUUUGUCUAUUCACUUAUUCCAACUUCCAUGUGUUUGAAAAUUUUGUGAUGAGAACAUCAAACCAAGAAUUCAAGAAUCAUCGAUAAAUAAAGACAAAAAUUGAAACUUUGUCAUUGCUACAAUAUGUGUGAACCAUGGAGAAAACCAAUUCCAGAACAAGACCUUUCUUUUUCAUCUGCACAUUUCUUGGCUUUCUAUUGAUAUUACUUAGCAGAAUUUGUGUCAGCAGUGCUGCAGAGAGUGAUUUUUAUUGCUUGAAAUCGAUAAAAGAUUCAUUACAAGAUCCUUGUAAUUCCUUGGGCUCUUGGGAUUUCAGCAAUGUUACCAAAGGCUUCAUCUGCCAAUUUAGAGGAAUUGAAUGCUGGCAUGAUUAUGAGAAUAAGGUAAUGAACAUUAGACUAUCAGACUCAGGACUAGUAGGUGAGUUUCCCCAAGGCAUUCGAAAUUGUACAAGUUUGACUGGUUUAGAUCUUUCAGACAACAACUUUUAUGGAACUAUCCCUUCUGAUAUUUCCGUAAUAGUUGAACAUGUUACAACACUUGAUCUCUCAAGUAACAAGUUUUCGGGCAAUAUACCACCUGACAUAGCUAAUUGUGAAUACCUUAACUUUCUAAUGUUGAAUAACAAUAAUCUAGGAGGUGAAAUUCCAAGCUAGAUCAA